UCUCAACUCUGAACACCGUGACACAGUGUAAUGAGGUAACAAUUUUGAUCGCGCAAUCUUUUUUUUUGAAUCGCCACCGAUUGGCCUCACAAAAAGGAACCUGACACUUGAAAGGAAAUUGGAAAAAACUAAUCUUAUCCUACUAAAAACUGAAGAUGCCAAAGGGAAGCUCGAAGAACUUUGUCGAGAGUUGCAGAAAAUGAAUAAGCAGGUUCGAGAUGAUAGUCUGAAUAAAAUUCGUCUCCUUGAACAUGAACGGCAAGAAGCCGUUGAACAACUUCGUUCUGCUUUAAAGGCCAUCGAAACAAGCAUGAAUGAGGGCCGAGAACGCUCCGAUGCACUGGCGGCUGAUAACGGAAGAUUGGCUGAGAAAUUGAAAGAAUUGGGGAAAGAAUAUGAGUCUCGUAUGGUUGCAAUCCAGGAACAGGUGGGAAUCAAGAAAGAUACAUAUUGGCAAGAGUACAACAAAGCCAAGGACGUUGAAAUCAAACUUCUUAAGACCAAACUGGAAGCAGCAGAAAUCAGCGCGAAGAAAUCUGCACUGGAGAAAGAGGAAUUGACAAGAACAUUUGUGGAGGACACAGCGCGAAUAGGAGGUGCUCUAAAGAACGAGAAGGCUUUACGGGAGGAGGUACUUGGAUUUCUAUUUAAUUAUCUCCGUUGUACCUCAAUGCUAAAAUUUGACAACUUAGAGAAUUUUCGUUACGAUGAAGUGGACAAGUCUUGUGUAGAUGUAAAUUAA